AUGCCUGUUGUACAAAGCGCCUAUGAUCCCAAGGAAAUGAAGUUCCGGUACCUUGGGAACACCGGAUUGCAGGUUUCUCUUUUCUCGCUCGGCGGGUGGCUCACAUACGGCGGCACCCAGAAGGGAGAGAUUGUAAAGAAGAUUCUCCAGACUGCUUGGGAUCACGGUAUUCAAACCUUCGACACGGCCGAGACAUAUGCCAAUGGCGAGUCUGAAGUCGAGAUGGGACAAGCUCUCAAGGAGCUCGCUUGGCCCCGCGAUGAGUACGUCCUCACCACCAAGGUCUUCUUCGGUACUGGUCGCAAGGAGCCGAACACCCGCGGUCUCUCCCGCAAGCACAUCGUCGAGGGUCUCAAGUCGUCACUUGCCCGCCUCCAGCAGCCCUACGUCGAUGUCGUCUUUGCCCACCGCCCCGAUCCCACCGUUCCCAUGCUCGAGAUCGUCGAGGCCUUCACCCAGGUGAUCCGCAACCUCAACUUGGCCUAUUACUGGGGCACCUCUGAGUGGUCCGCCGCUCAGAUCACCGAUGCCAUCAGAUUGGCCGAGAAGCACAACCUCAUCGCCCCCGUUGUCGAGCAGCCACAAUACAACGCCUUCCACCGCGAGCGCUUCGAGGUCGAGUACGCGGAUCUGUACAAGCAUCACGGCUACGGCACCACCAUCUGGUCCCCUCUUGCCAGCGGCAUCCUCACCGGCAAGUACAAUGAUGGAAUCCCCGAGGACUCGCGUUUUGCCACCAACAAGGCCUUCUUUGAGAAUACUGUCAAGGAGCUCAAGAGCAAGGCUGGGCAGGCCAAGAUUGAAAAGGUGCGCAAGUUGACCAAGAUUGCGGAGCGUCUUGGAGGCAGUGUGUCACAGCUGGCGCUUGCUUGGGCUGCCUCGAACCCCAAUGUUAGCACGGUUAUCUUGGGUGCUACCAAGAUUGAGCAGUUGGAGGACAACAUCGGUGCGUUGAAGCUGCUGGAGAAGCUGACGCCUGAUGUGUUGGAGGAGAUUGAGGGCGUGUUGGACAAUAAGCCCCCAGGGCCUAACACCUUUGGUAGACAAAGGAAGUUGUAA